AUGCCACGAUCCGACCAACCGAGCAUCAACCUAGCAUCAACCAUGGCAACCGGUACCCUGACACGCUCCUGGUCGAUGGAGCCUGAUAUACGCCUGGAGGAUUAUCUCGACGACAAGCUGCAAUCGACUACGGAUUUCGAGAACCUCGACAGCCUCCUAGCAAACGUCGAAGUCCAGCGCAGCCAGCUCCAAUCCCAGCUCUACGAUGCCACGCGAGAGCUUGAAGAUGCCCGCCAAGCGGCACAGGACCACCAGGGUGGUCUCGCACGGUCUAUAUCAGAGUUUGAGAGGCUGCAGCAGAGCAUCGACGCACGCCAGAGGAUCGUAAUGGGAUCCACAGCGCCCGACGAGGCCAUCCGACGGCUCGACCGACCGAUGAAGCAGCUGCACAAGCUCGAGCUAGCAUACCAAUACGUGUCACUGCUGCAAGACGUCGAGAACAUGAGGCUGGAGGCACGCUCUCACCUGCCCCAGAGCCCAAAGGCCGCGUUGGAAUCCUAUACCAGGCUGAAGCAGCUGACCAUGCGGCUGAGGGAGCUGCAGUGCGCCGCCGAUGAAGCUGCGACGCAUUUGGUGAAUUACGUUGAGAGGGUCACGGAGAACCUGUGGGACGAGAUGAAGAGUACAAUGUCCAGAGAGAUGGAGAGUAUCCUCAAGAAGCGGAAUUGGCCACAGGGAGUCGACACAAACGCCGAGAUGGAUGCAGAGUGGCUGCAGUGUUUUGAGAAGCUCGUCGAUCUGCAGGUGCCCGAGAUUCUCUACUCUGAAUCCGUGGUGCCGCUGCUUCCCUUCGAAGUCAUGGCCCGCACCUUUGCUCAAUGGUUUCGCUUCCAGUUCAUGGGCACCAACGCGACAAGCACCCCCCAGGCAUUCGCCACUUUCUGCAUCCCGCAGUUUGUAUCGCUGAUUGACAAGUGGGAAGGCUUCUUCAGAGAGAACGUUGGCUACAUUUUGGUAUCCAGGUUCCGCGACACGAAGGUCGGUGAUAUGUCUGUCUACAUGGAUCCGGCAUGUGCUUUGGUCGCAGCGUUGCUACCCGUGAUGAGAGAGAAGACCAACGCCAUGGUACAGCAUGGGCUCAGGAACCCACAAUUCUUGGGCAGUCUCAUGGUACAACUCAUGAACCUAGACGAUGAGCUCCGGUCGAAGUUCAACUACGACGGGGGCGAUCCCGAGCGCGGCUGGGCAGGCUUGACAUCCGAGGUCCUUGACAAACACUUCGACGACUGGCUCAAGGCCGAGACAGACUUUGCCCUUGAGCGCUUCCAUAUCAUCAUGAAUUCGCCUGACGCGAGGAACAUCGACUACGACUACAGUGGAAGUGGUAAGAUGAAGCCUACCUUCGGCGCUGUCAGGGUAACGGACCUGUUGAAGUCCGUCACGUCUCAAUAUGAACGGAUUCGGAGGUUCUCGCAUAAGCUUCGAAUUCUCAUCGAUAUCCAGCUCGAGAUAUUGGACAACUAUCAUGAUCGCUUCAAGGACUCUUUGGACACAUAUUACACCAUCAAUUCGACUUUGGGACGGACCUUGCAUGGCGUCACUCGCGAGCAGGCCGCCGCGUUGGAAGGAACCGGAGCUUUCGAGACACUAUGCAAGGUUCUAGGUAGCUGCGAUCACAUCGUGGCCACCCUCAGAGACUGGAGCAACGAAGAGUUCUUCGUGACCCUGUGGGAGGAGCUCCAAGCACGAGCUAGAAAGAACAGUGAUCAGGAUGACCUCGCUGGUGGGAAGAGCCACGACGAUGUUAGAGAUCAAGUCUCCUCAGCUGUCGGCUCCGACGGGGAUAGCGGCACCAUGUUCGACGAAAUAAUUGCAUCCUACAACAACCGGCGGAAGACUGCUGAAGAAUAUAUCGUUUCAGCCUUGAUUGAUUCCCAUCAGAAGGCGUUCCGUCCUUACCUUUCGAAACCUCAAUGGACCACUAUCACUGCUGAUACCAAGGUUGAACCCUCACAACUUACCGUGACGGCAGAAUUAGAUGAACCUCUGAGAAUUCUCAAGCGAAACCUGACCUUCCUGGCUUCGGCCCUGAGCACGGCAGUAUAUCGCCGAAUAUGGCGAGAAGCUCUGGAGAAGCUGCAGGAUACGCUAUGGGGAGACGUCCUUCUGAGACAGAACUUCACGACUCUUGGUGCCGCACAGUUCGUGAGGGAUCUGCAGGCCAUCUUCUCACUGGUGGAUAGCUAUAUCCCAGACGGAUCCUUGACAAUGAGCACCCUGCAGGACGGGGCGGAGCUGUUGAGUUUGCCAUUGGAAGCCGAAAAUGGAGGCAUACCAUUGCAGCAAGCCAGUGACCUGAUUUUCAUGGACAAUACCGAGGCUAAGAAGAUACUCGCCGAGCUAGGGUUGGAGUCGAUAACGCCAGCGAAUGCGAGGAAGAUUUUGCAGAGGAGGGUCGAGAAUAGCGAAUAG